AUGAGUUCCGGUCCUAGACUCAUCAGCAAUGCUGCGGCCAGGAGACUCCUGUUGCAAUCACACCCUCGAGCUUCACACUCUCCGCUCAUGAGCGUUUACUCUCGGUCCAAGUUCGUCAGAGACUUCCCCUCCAAGCUCUCGGCCCUGGCAAUUGCUUUGCCGCAAAGAAAUUAUGCAACAGAGACAACUCCGCAUGCUCCUGACGGCGGUCCCCCUCCGGGUUUCAACAUUGACGAGGCUAAGAAACCAUUGCCAAAGGACGAGGCCAAGAAGUCAUCAGAAGCAUCACCAACCCCUACCGUCGCAGAGCUGAAGAAGUCGGAUGAACAACUACAUGUCCCCAAAACAACGGCCACUGCGACCGCUAAGACUAAGGCCUUGGAAAAGGCCAGUCUCAGCGAGCUCGCCGCUGAAAAAGCCGCUUCUGCCCAGUCCGAGAAGGAGCAAACAACGGAACUGGCGGCCAAGAAGGAGGAACCCAAGAAACUCUCUAUUGGCCAAAAGAUCAAGAAAGAAAUCCAGCAUUAUUGGGACGGGACGAAACUACUGGCUGCGGAGAUCAAAAUUUCCUCACGACUUGCAUUAAAAAUGGCCGCGGGCUACGAAUUGAGUCGCCGAGAGAACAGACAGUUGCAACGGACGGUUCAAGAUCUCGGGCGGCUGGUGCCCUUCUCGGUUUUCGUCAUCGUGCCCUUCGCAGAAUUGCUGCUCCCGGUCGCCUUGAAAUUGUUCCCGAAUCUCCUUCCCUCGACAUUUGAAGGCCAGAAGAGCCGUGAAGCCAAAGCCGCCCAUCUCAGGGAGACCCGUAAGCAGGUGUCUGCUUUUUUACGCAACACGCUGCGCGAGACCGGUCUCCCAGUCUCUGCGGUCAACGCAAGGAAAGAAGAGUUUACCGAGUUCUUCCGCAAAGUCCGCGCCACGGGCGAAUCUCCCUCCAGGGAGGAUGUUAUUAAAGUUUGCAAGAUCUUCAAGGACGAUUUAACACUGGACAAUUUAUCCAGGCCACAACUCGUGGGGAUGUGCAAGUACAUGAACCUCAAUACCUUUGGAACCGACGCCAUGCUGCGGUAUCAAAUCCGCCACCGUAUGCGCCAGAUCAAACGUGACGACAAAGCUAUCUCAUUUGAAGGCGUCGACUCCCUUUCUGUGCCUGAACUCCAAAUGGCGUGCGCCUCUCGUGGUCUUCGAACUCAUGGCAUGUCGCCGGGCAAGUUGAGGGAGGAUCUGCAAAUGUGGCUCGAUCUCCGUCUCAAAUAUAACAUUCCGUCGACGCUUCUGGUGCUCAGCAAUGCGUACAUGUACACGUCUGGCAAAGACAGCGAGAUCGACUCACAAAUUGACGCACUGCAAGCGGUGCUUAGUUCCAUUCCAGAGGAAUUAUUCCACGAGAUUGAACUUGAGGUCCAUAAUGCGGAGGGCGCGGCUACCAAUAAACAACGCCUGGAGGUGUUGAAGGAGCAGCAGGAGCUCAUUGAGGAAGAGAAUGAGCAGGCUGAGUCAAGUAAACAGACGACAGAGGCAAAGGGCGAGAAGAGCGCCACCUCGACAGUGAAGGAUGAUAAAGAUAUCGAUGAGAAGCCCAAGUCCAAGCUUGCUGAUGCCAAACAGGAGGCGAAGGCUGAUGCGAAAGAAGAGGCCAAAGAGGCCGAACAGGACGUCGCAGAGCAAGGGAAGCAGGAGGAGAUACAAAAGGCUCCCGAAGACAAGAAAAACUAA